AAUUGUACUUUGAAAUUUAAUUAAAUAAAAGAAUACGGUUUUUAGAAGUGUGGAAUCGUCUCUUCAACCGAUAUUGUAGGUUUUAUAUGGAGUUAAUCUAUUAAAGAUAGUUAAAUGAAAUUGACUGAAAAAAGUCAAAUUUAUAAUAAAAUUUUACAAGAAAAAUACUCUUUUCAUUAUGUGGUUAGAAGAAUAUGAUAGUUUUGCUGAAUUAUGUCGAGGCUAUUUACCAUAUUAUUUAUUAAUAGUCUUGCCAAUUUUUAUUAUUAUCUCUCCGGUUAAUCCUGUGGCAGCAUCACACGAAUUUCCAGUAUAUCGCAUGCAUCAACAUGAUUUGCACGGAAUUCCGCAUGGUUGCAGAAGUGCUUCCAUUUCAUUGGAAGCAAGAUCGCUCAUCGGAUGGAGUACUUCCAGGCACUGUGUUAUUACUAAAGCGUUAGAUCUUACACCUAGCAUGUUUCAAUCCAUUAAGAACAAAGCUGGAGCUUUAGUUAUCAUUUUACCUGAGAAAUUAAAUGAGUUAACAUUGGAUGAGAAACAACAUAUUAUGGAUUUAGAAAAAGCUAUGCUGUCAGACACAGAAACUCCAAUUGCUGUUUAUUUUGCAACUUGGCAUCCGGAUCUUCAAAGGAUUUUAGAUGAUAUCACAGAUGGAUCUGUGAUAGAUGAAAAAUCUCAUUCUGCAGCAGAAGCUAUAUUUAAUUCUAUUUCUGCUAGUGGUUAUCAAGUAGUUGUUGCAUCAGGUCAACCUAUGGUUAGAAAUGAUGCUAAAAUAGCAAUAUUACAUGGAAAAUUAACAGGAACCGGAGCGGAAGAAAAAUUACCUACUAUAGCAAUAGUUACACAUUACGAUAGCGCAAGUGUAGCACCGGAAUUAUCUUUUGGAGCAGACAGCAAUGCAUCCGGAGUGGCGAUGUUAUUAGAAUUGGCUAGAUUGUUCUCUGCGUUGUACUCCACAGGACGAUCAAGACCCCACUAUAAUCUUGUUUUCAUUGCUACUGGAGCAGGGAAAUUAAAUUAUCAAGGUAGUAAAAAAUGGUUGGAAGAUCAAUUGGAUGGACUUGAAGGAUCUGUUAUUCAAGAUGCAGCCUAUGUUAUAUGUCUUGAUACACUUUCUGCAACAAAUAAUCUCUAUAUGCAUGUCUCAAAACCACCAAAAGAAAAUUCAUCUGGAGGAAUGUUUUGUAAACAAUUAAAAUCUGUAGCAGAUUCUUCAAAUACGGUACACGUUGAAGGCGUACAUAAGAAAAUAAAUCUUGCAGAAGAAACAUUAGCUUGGGAACACGAAAGAUUUAGUAUUAGAAGAUUGCCAGCAGCUACACUGUCCACAUUGAAAAGCCAUGAAGAUCCUGCCAGAAAUACAAUUUUGGAUAUAAUGGAAGAAGGACAAAUCGAUAUAUUGUACAAACACACUCAAGUGAUUGCAGAGGCAUUAGCAAGGCACAUUUACAAUCUAAGCUCUAACCAUAUAUUUGCAGAUUCUUUGGAAGUGUCAAAAGAAUCACUGUCGUUGUGGUUUACGUACUUGGCAUCUCAACCAAGAGCUGCUCCAUUAUUAGUUGAUAAAAAUAACCUAUUAAUUGCAACAUUGAAAGAAUCUAUGUCACGAUAUCUUGGAGAUGUUAAAGUCACAUUACAUGGGCCUGAUAAGCAAGAUCCAGAGUUUAUAUUUUAUGAUGUUACUAAAGCAGUGCUAAAUGUAUACAGUGUAAAACCAGCUGUUUUUGAUCUUUUCCUUACUGUUGCCAUUGUCAUGUACUUGGGAUUGAUAUAUGUGAUAGUACACAACUUCCCACGUGCUUUUAACCUAGCAAUUAGACUUUCUACAAAAGGCAAGUCAUCUUAAGCUUAUACCAUGAUUCUAGAAUGCCAAAGCAAUAGUCUCAAACAUUUAUUUAUAGAAAAAAUUCAUCAUUAGCAAUGUACUCGAAGAAAUGAGAUACAUGUACUUUUGAUAAAACAACUCGAAAAAUGAUUGAAUAAAAUUAAGGUGGACGCAUAGAAAAGAUAUAUACAAUACUUUGAUCAUCUGUAUAUUACAGUGCAUUUAUGAGAUUUAUAAUAUAAUUAUUUCGUUUUACUUAAUUUUUGUUUGGCAAUUCAGAUACUUACAUAAAUUUGGAGAAAAAAGGGAAAUGGAUAGCUAUUUUGUGUUGUAUAUACGUGUGUGUUACUUAUUAAAAUGAAAUGAAAUAAAUUAUGAAGUCUGCUACAAUGAGAGCA